CUCGCCUAGAGCACACGGGGCCAGCCUCACCCUGAAAGAGUCGCCCAGGUGAUUGUGCUGUCUCCCCUGUCAGGCAGAGGUCUGUCCUGCCAAGGCAUCCUCACAAGGAUUGCAACUGUGAUGUGAUGGAGAGAGGCUUGUCUGCUAUCGUUGACAUCAAGAGCGAUGCUGUCUGCAGUUCUGUACUUCUGCCAGGGUCGCCCGUGUUCGCAAAGUGGAGAGCGAGCUUGCCAGGCUAAGAGUGAUCCAAAAAUAAAGAUAAAGGUGACUGAUGGUGGAGCAUGCCAAUGAAGUCCAUUUCGGAGUGUGGGAAAAGAACUGAAAAGCGUGGGAAAGGAACUGAAACACGAAAGCUUUGAUAUCAAGGCAAAUGGACCCGGCAACGCAAGACAAUUGACCUCAUUAAUACAUUUGUUAUCACGGGCCCCACAUAUAAACCUCCUGGGUCUCCUUAACUAAGGCAGAGCUAGACUACAUUGAACAGGGUGGACAACUAGCUGCUUUGUAAAUUAAUAGAUUUAUAGAUUCAUAGAUGUUAGGGUCGGAAGGGACCUCAAUAGAUCAUCGAGUCCGACCCCCUGCAUAGGCAGGAAAGAGUGCUGGGUCUAGAUGACCCCAGCUAGAUGCCUAUCUAACCUCCUCUUGAAGACCCCCAGGGUAGGGGAGAGCACCACCUCCCUUGGGAGCCUGUUCCAGACCUUGGCCACUCGAACUGUGAAGAAGUUCUUCCUAAUGUCCAAUCUAAAUCUGCUCUCUGCUAGCUUGUGGCCAUUAUUUCUUGUAACCCCCGGGGGCGCCUUGGUGAAUAAAACCUCACCAAUUCUCUUCUGUGCCCCCGUGAUGAACUUACAGGCAGCCACAAGGUCGCCUCUCAACCUUCUCUUGCGGAGGCUGAAAAGGUCCAGGUUCUCUAGUCUCUCCUCGUAGGGCUUGGUCUGCAAGCCCUUAACCAUACGAGUGGCCCUUCUCUGGACCCUCUCCAGGUUAUCCACAUCCCUCUUGAAGUGCGGUGCCUAGAAUUGCACGCAGUACUCCAACUGCGGUCUGACCAGCGCCCGAUAGAGGGGAAGUAUCACCUCUUUGCAUCUAUUCGUCAUGCAUCUGCUGAUGCACGAUAAAGGACUUCAAGAUCCCUUUCCACUUCCGAGCCCCCCAGCAGGUCAUUCCCUAGGCAGUAGGUGUGCUGGACAUUUUUCCUCCCUAGGUGCAGCCCUUUGCAUUUCUCCUUGUUGAACUGCAUUCUGUUGUUUUCUGCCCACUUGUCCAACCUGUCCAGGUCUGCUUGCAGCUGUUCCCUGCCCUCCGGCGUGUCCACUUCUCCCCAUAGCUUUGUGUCAUCCGCAAACUUGGACAGAGUACAUUUGACUGCCUUGUCCAAGUCGCUGAUGAAGACAUUAAAGAGUAUCGGUCCAAGGACCGAGCCCUGCGGGACCCCACUGCCCACACCCUUCCAGGUCGAAGCCGACCCAUCCACCACGACUCUCUGGGUGCGACCCUUCAGCCAAUUCGCCACCCACCGGACUGUGUAGUCAUCCAAGUCACAGCCUCUUAACUUGUUCACCAGUAUGGGGUGGGAUACCGUAUCGAAGGCCUUCCUGAAGUCUAAGUAUACGACAUCCACCCCUCCUCCUGUGUCCAGGCGUUUUGUAACCUGGUCAUAAAAAGAGACUAGAUUGGUCAGGCACAAUCUGCCUACUAUGAACCCGUGCUGGUUUUCCCUCAGCAUAAUUUGUCCUGCUGGGCUCUCGCAAAUGUGAGCCUUGAUAAUUUUUUCAAAGAUUUUGCCAAGGAUGGAGGUGAGACUGACUGGCCUAUAGUUGCCUGGGUCCUCCUUCCUCCCCUUCUUGAAAAUGGGGACCACAUUGGCCCUUUUCCAGUCCUCCGGGACUUGGCCCUUGCGCCACGAGCAUUCAAAUAUUCCCGCCAGUGGCUCUGCAAUGAUGUCAGCCAGUGCCUUCAGCACCCUCGGAUGGAGCUCACCCGGGCCUACCGACUUAUAGGCAUCCAGUUCUUCUUAACCCCCAGGGGCGCCUCUGUGAAUAAAACCUCACCAAUUCCCUUCUCUGCCCCCGUGAUGAACUUAUAGGCAGCCACAAGGUCGCCUCUCAACCUUCUCUUGCGGAGGCUGAAGAGGUCCAGGUUCUCUAGUCUCUCCUCGUAGGGCUUGGUCUGCAAGCCCUUAACCAUCCGAGUGGCCCUUCUCUGGACCCUCUCCAGGUUAUCCGCAUCCCUCUUGAAGUGCGGCGCCCAGAAUUGCAUGCAGUACUCCAACUGCGGUCUGACCAGCGCCCGAUAGAGGCCAGCAUGGGCUCAGCAGAAGCGGUCCCGUCGCGGCCCACUCCGAUUUGAACAAUCCUCUGGUUCUGCUGAAUCCCUGUCGUCAGCUCUCUCAGGUGGGGCAUGAGAAGAAGACGAGGAGAAGACCAGCCCCAAAGGAGCUGGAUAGAUCCUUGUUUGAGCAGUUCCAUUGUCUCCAUCCGUACGGCCACAAAACCACGUCAACAAAAGAUGCAACCAAGGAAGAAGUUCAAUCUCAAGUGCUGUAAAGCCCUGCUAAGGAACAUGCCCUACAGCAGCGCCUCCGAGAGAAUCAUGCCAACUGCCCCGAUGCCCUUGAUGCCACUGACCGCUCGAGGAAGAGCGAGAGCCUCAAGAAAGGCAUCCGUGAGGCGUGCCAAAAAUGUCAAGGCUUCCUCACAAAGAAACCUCAGGACUGGUCAGCGAGAAUGAUUGGGAAAUGCUUGCCUUCCAAAUGGACAGAGCACACAGUGAUGUCAGCUCCAAAUAGAAGUGCCCACUUUCCCGACCUUCAGUACAGAUCAGUCACUCCGCGGCCCCUGCCACAUGGACAGUUUUGCACACGUAGAGGAAGAAUGCAUCUCCCGCUAUGUGUGUGUUAGUAAAAGCCACCAUUGAGUAAGUGUGUAACGUAAUAAAAAGACAGGAGACUUUAUUAGUGCUGCAAAUUCUUCUGAAAUUUGCUGUGGACUCACCUGAGGCCUUCACUGCAAAGAACCUGCUUGGGUUUGCUUUAGCACUUCCUUCUGCCCGUUUACCUAGUCAUUGCUUUCCAUUUUCCCCGAGGGUUUUUCCCCUCUACUUGCCAGAGGAGGCUGAGCCCUUCCUGAGGCUGGAACAGGCUCAGGUUUCAGAUGGCAGAUCCAUUCCUCUUUCUACGCAGGUACUGUCCGUGUGGGAGCUUUGCCCUCUGAGGUGCAGCUCCCCGGCCUGAUACCGGCAGAUCCCAGGAAGGGGGAGCACACGGGGUGCUCCAGCAGGCUGCAGAGAGGCUGCUCCUGGCAGGGGAAACACCAUGGGUCUGGGUCCAUGCAGGCAGUUUUCCUUAAGCGUUCCUGGGGAUAACUGUUCUUCUGGCGUGGUUUAGUACCUGCCAAGGUGUUGCGGCUUAAAGCCCACUUUAUGGACAUGGGAGGCUCCUCCCUCGCUUGCUUCUGAAGCCAUAUGGCUGAGGACAGGCGAAACUUGGGGGCAUCUGAACCCCAAGCCUCCGUGCUUGGGCCUGCUGGUUGUAGGGCCACUUAUGGGUCUGAACUGACUCACUGAUUUGGACUUCAUUGGGCUGAUUUGGCUUGGAACGUGAAAAAUGUCCUUAAGAAACAAAAUGUGCCUCAAAGAGUGCUAAAGCAGGUUCCCUUUCAUGGCUUGUUGCCACAGCUAGCCAGCGCUGCAAUGGCUCGUCUCAUGCAAAAAGCUUCUUGCCAUUUUUGUUGGGAUCUUUCUGCUCUGUAAAGACAUGGACCACAUCUCCAUCCUAAAUUAGGCCUGGGGCCAGGGAGCCAAGGUGCUGGAGAACUGUCCAAAUCUCUACAGGCCACCAACCUUAAAAUAUUACAAUGGAUUUGUCCUGGAGAAGGCAGGCAGCCCGAGUCUCAUUUCCUCUCUUACUGUGUUCCCUGUAUCAUGGAGCCAUACAGGUCCUUUCCCUAGCCUUGGUGUAAGGCAGAGCAAUAUCAAGGCUUUAGUAAAUGAAUGUGCUGCUUCCAAGGACUCCCCUAGACCCGGGACAGGAGGUCUUGUCUACAGCAUAGGAGAUUCAGUGGGAGCGUCUACCCGGGCCUUUAGGGGGCAAAGCUCCUGGGUGGGCGUCUGCAAGUGCACCCAGAUCACAGCACACUGAGCCAAGUCACAGCAGCGCUAGGUGGCAGGGGAGCCAGGGGGUCGACUGGGCUCAAUGUGCUCAGAGGGGUUGGCUGGGGCAUGAGGCUGCUUCGGCGCGGGGCUCGCUGGCAGACAGCCCCAGCACAGAAGCACCCUCGUGCCACAGCCAGCUGGACGGGUCUAUUUGUGUCCUGCUGUGCACAAAAAAACUCUGAAGCUGUGUAUUUACAAGUCCUACCCUGCUGCAGAGGUGAUUAGUUUGGUGCUCUUUCAAAGACGCAUGGACAGGCUGUGCGGUUCAUUAGGCAAGUGCGCAGUAAACGUCUCAUGUGGACGUGCCUGGCACUCCCAAAAUUACCCCCAUCUGGGGAGCAGGGCAAGUGUUGAGUUGUGAUGACCUCCUGAUGGCAGCUGGGAAGACCCUCUGUCCACCGCUCUCAGGCUACUCAUGUCCAGCUGCUCCCCAGGCACCUGAUGGAGCUGGUUUCUGGAGUUGCUGCAAAAGUUGAAUCCAGAGGCUUUGCAGAGAGGUGCAGAGACCAUCUCCACCCCCGGCCUCAAACCCUAACCCGAUGCCGGGCAUCUGAACUCCCCCUCCAGAUCCGAGAUCAGGUUUCGAUAACAAAGCAAGGGUAAGAAUAAGCAUCGUGCCAGUCCUUGCCUGGGCACAUGGGAAGAUGUUGAGGGACCCUGAGGAUCCCCUGCUCAGGCUCACCCUGUGCCGAGGUCUUUGGGAUCUCAACACUUUGGGAUAUUUCAGGGCAUUGAGAUGUGGACUUACCUGGCAGGGUGGUGAGAAGCAAGAGCAGCUUCCCCCAGGACUGCACAGUGCUGGUCUGCAGGGCUGGUGGGGGCUCAAACCCCUGGACACCCCCUGCCAGCCCCAGCCUUGGCGGGGCCAGCAGAUAUCAGGUGUUUGUGGCUCUGAAUUUGCCUCACUUGACCUUCACAAGGUCCCCUCACAGUCCAGCACCUCCCGCUCCUGGAGACAGGCCCAGGAAAGAGCCUCAGUGGCAGAGGGUGCUGGUGGCAGGGAAGCUGCAGGGGCUGGGCCGUGGGAGAAGGAGCUGGGGCUAGAGGUGGCCCAGAGGGCUGGUGUGGCCUGAGCUGAGGCUGGAGGGUCAGGGCUGGGGUUGGACUGCUUGUGGGGAGCAGGGGGAUGUCCAUGGGAUGCGGGUCUCUCCCCACAGCCUCCAGGAGCCCCCCUCACCUGCCCCAACCUGGCUCUGGGGCACCUGGCACUGGGCACCAGGGCCCUGACUCUACCCUUGCUGCCCGCCCCAGCCCUGCCCCAAGCACUCGUGGGGGAGCAGGGCCAGGACGAGCAGGGCCCUGACCAGGGCGGUCAUGGUGCUGCAGGAAGGGAGCCCAGAGCCCAGCAUGGAAGCUCAGCUCCUGGGGCCGUGGUCCCCAGCACCCCAGGGCAGGUCCUUGAGCAGGAUCAAAUUGGGAUUUGCAUAGAGGUAGUGUGCCAGGGGAGGCUGGGACAGAUGAGAGGGCAUGUGCACUCCUCUGUCCCUGGCCAGGCCUCCCCAUCUCUGCUGGGGAAGCCUGGGCAAGCUCUUUAGGCUUCACCAUCACACCUCUUUGGAUGCGAGCAUUGUUUGUGGUAUAUGAUAUGUACCUUCAAGGGGCCAAUAGAUGGACCACCCAGUCUUUCCCCGUGAUGCCCUGCAGGUGCGGUUUGUGUUGGUGGGAGUUGUAGUUCUCCCUGCACGAUGUGAGCGUGUGAGUUGAUGAAUCCUGUUCCUAAUCAAGAUAAAGCUGUCUACCACUCCACCGGUCUCUGCUGAAUGGUGACUGGAGGAUGGGGCCCCAAAGGCGUGGAGGUCUGAGCGAGUCCCCUGUCCCUGGGAUCCGGUGGCAUACAGCAAGCACUGUACGGUUGUAGUGCGCAGAUUACAGCUAGACAACGAACCUUAGGGACGUUUCUCCCACCACAAUUUGGCACCCCAGAUGGGACCCGUCUAGCUUGGCGCCUUUGGAGACCUCCAUCCCCCGACAUCCCAGCGCGCACCAGGUAUGCUGCUUUAAGCCAACCCCUCCCUGCCGAUGUCCCAGCACAUCGCAUCCAGCCUGGAGACUGGGUGUAUAGAAAAACUUGGAAACGGUCUCCCCUUGAACCUAAGUGGCAAGGACCGUAUCAAGUCCUCCUCACCUCCCACACCGCCGUAAAAAUAGCAGAAAAGGACAACUGGAUUCAUUAUACUCGUACAAAAAAGACAGAAGUUUCACCAGAGCUCAGGAUCGGCUCCAACGCGAGCUUCCCUGACCUAAAAAGGGGGAAGCCAGAAGAAGACGACUGCGGACUUCGUGGGAGCACCGCACGCCCACCUGACCGCGACAAGGGUGAGCCAAAAGCAGACAAAAAAAUAAAAACAAACACCUCCUGGACCUGCAGACCAUUAGAUAAUAUAAAACUCAAACUAACCAAGGUCCACUAAUGAACUGUCACCCUUUUGGGGUGCUGCCCAGCCCAGAGAGCACCGAACUCCAAGUACUGCAUCCUCUAGACACUUUUGGAUCAGCUAAAACUGAGCACUUUGAGACUAUAACAUGUUCCAGAAGAUCAGUUAUUGGAGCUGCAGGGUUGUACAUACUAUUUGUGCUGAUUUUUGUUAUAAUAUGGUUUUUAUAACUAUGUUAUUUCUAAUCUUUCUCUUUGCUGGAGAAAUAAGUCUCUCACAGGGGUCGGCUAUAGCUGCCAGUUGCUGCAGAUGUGCUAAUCCUGGUGCCCGAGGUUUUCCUGUCUGGAUAAGCGAUUCAAUCGAACUCUCUGAUAUAGAUGGGAAGGUCAACAUUGCCCGUUGGUAUCCUCCCUCACAUUGCUGUAGUUCAGCAGAAGUUUGGGUAUUUACUUAUGAAACAGAAUAUUGUGUAAAGCCCAGCCACCCAGUUUUCAGACAAUUUGCAGAGUCUCCUCAGGCUAAGACUACUCUUAAACCUAAUGUUGCCCAUAUCUCUGAUAAUAAUAUAUACCUCCAAUACGUUGAGAGACCCGCUAAAGCAAAAAACCAAAGUGAUUGCUGGGUGUGCAGUCAUUUUCCUCUCCACACCCAAGGAGGCAUUCCCAUGACUCCCAUCCCCUUGGGCCCCAUCGAGUCACUUUUAAACCCCUCUAAUAACCAAGCUUGGGACCAAAGUCAGCAGGAGUUCCUUUUAGUAAAGCCUGUUGUUGAAAAUUGGUGUUUCUGUAUAAACUGCUCAGUAGCAGACUGCAUUAAUUUAGGCACAAGCAGAUGUCACCACUAUUUUACUAGUUCAAGUGGAGGAGACUGGCGUAAUAAUAACACAACAACUCCUACCUGUUGCAGCUCUUACAAUGAUUUCUACAGCAGCAAAAAUUUAACCAAGGGCACUAAUCCUAUCUGCACCCCCAUCUCCUCUUUAAAUAAUACCUUGUGGUAUUGUUUGUACACUGAUACCUCCCGGGGACAAUGCUUCUUCAAUGGAACUGCAAAUCCUUCCUUUAAAUCAAAGGGUGAACGCGGGGUGCUAGGAUUAGGAAACGGGGGCCGAAUACCUCCUAAGUAUUCAAACCUCGCUGCUUUAAAAGGACAAUACUGGGUCUGUGGCUCCCACGCCUACCAUAAAACCCCUGCCAAAGGAAAAGGUAUCUGCUAUCCAGCAAUGCUAAAACCCUCUACGUCCUUCGCCACACACCUUCCACGGGGCAGGUGGCGAAACAAGAGGGAUUUACAAAAAAGCCAUGAUAUAAUAGACAAAUAUCAAAAAACUCCGCUUACCAAAGGAGUAUUAGUGGGGUGUUCUUUAGCAGGUAUACUCCCAGGAAUAGACACUGCUUGUCUUAAAAGAUUUACACUACACUUGCAAGCUGUGAUAGAAAUCAUGGCUCAUGAAUUCAGCGAAGGUCACAAGGAACUCUCGAAGGCCGUUGCUGCCUUGGCUGACACCCAAAAAAAAACUCCAACAAAUGAUAAUUCAAAACCGUAUAGCCCUUGAUUUUCUCCUUGCUGCUCAAGGGGGAGCUUGUGCGGUUAUCGGACCAGAAUGUUGCGUUUGGGUUAACAUCUCUUUUACAAUAGUACAAACCCACCUCAAUGAUGCAGCUGUCCAUAUCCAGAAAGCCGAAGAUGUAGCUAAAAUCCCCAAAGUUACAUCUCUUAGUUGACUCACUAAUUGGUUGCCUUCCCUUACAGGAUACCUUAGACCUUUUAUAUUAAGCUUAAUCAAAACUGUUAUAACUAUAAUCUGCCUGUUGUGCUGUUUUCAGUGUCUAUGCUCUCUAGGACAACAGUUUAUGCAAAGGCAAGUAAAAAUAUAUGUUCAGUUUAUACAAAUAUCCAGCAUCAAUCAUCAAAACCUAACCCCACAAAAAGUUGAAUACCUAAAAGUGUGUUCCAAAAUUUCCUCUGGAAAAUUGAAACAAAGGGAGGAUUUGUAGCGCGCACAUUUGUUAUUACCCUGAAAUAGAAUAGUUUUCUGAUAGCAUACUGUUAGGUUUACAAUAAUUUGGAUUAUUAAGAAGUAUUAGCUUUAUAGCUGAAUACAAGGCAUGACCUGUGGCCUAGCAAUGCAGCUGACCACAAGGCAAAAUGAUAGCUAAGCCUUUCCUUGUGUCAAGUAAUCAUUUUAACUGUAUUAAGCAUUUUCUGAGUUAAAAAGUGGAUCUGUGUCUGUGUGCUGAAAAAAUCAGCUACAGCAAGAAGUAAGAUAAGACAGGGAAACCAUUGUUCUGGGUGCACUGGUUGCGUCCUUGAGAAAUAUCUACUACUGUGUAAGGUUUUGCUAACAUAUCAUAAUGUUGCUGUUACUUAACUUUUAGCUUUUAAAAAGUGCUAGUUCAGCUUAAUAGAAAUAUGCUGUUACAAAGAUUUGUAAAGCACCGCCCAAGUAUUGCUUUUUGUUAACCAUGUAGUCUUGCCUUGUUGUAAUAAGUAUAAAAGAUCGCCACACCCUUGAGGGGGAUGCAUUUUGCCUUUUGCUGGCUUUAUGGUCUUUGCUCGAGCAAAUAAACAGCUAUCUUUCUUUA